AUGGCACAGUCAUCACACGAGGCGGAUCGUGUACCUUCGGCCGAGAACCAGAAGCCCUCGGCGGUUCAUAAUCACGACGCGGACAACACCACGACGACUCCAAGGGCCAUGUCCCCCGAGGAGCCGGAGACGGAGACGGGCUUCCAGCCGCAUCCCUCCAAGAUUGUCCGCUUCUACUCUCACCCGUGGACGCAGAUCCUGCUCAUCUCCUUUAUCUGCUUCUGCAUGCCCGGGAUGUACAAUGCGCUCACGGGACUCGGCGGCUCAGGACAGGUCGACUCGACCGUUGCCGCCAAUGCCACCGUCGCUCUCCUCUCGGCCACGGCGGCCACGGCCCUGACCGUCGCCGGGCCCGUCUUCUCCAUCCUCGGGCCGCGCAUCAGCUUUCUCAUCGCCGGCUGGACGUACGCCCUGUACAGCGGAUCGCUGCUCAACUUCAACCACACGGGCAACGGCGCCUUUGUCAUUGGAUCCGGCGCCGUCGUCGGCGUCGGCGCCUCCUUUGUCUGGAUCGUCCAGGGCGCCAUCAUGACGACGUACGUCGACGAGGCGCAAAAGGGCCGCGCCAUCGCCGUCUUCUGGGUCAUCUUCAACCUCGGCGGCGGCAUCGGCUCGCUGGCCUCGUUCGGCCUCAACUACAACUCGACGUCCGGCACCGUCUCCGACUCGACCUACAUUGCCCUCAUGGUCAUGAUGCUGUUCGGCUGGACCCUCGGCGUCUUCAUCUGCUCGCCCUCCCGCAUCCGCCUGGCCCAACUCAACAAGGCCGUCGAGACGGAGAAGCACACCCUCGCGGGCACCGCCGCCACCGCCUUCAAGACUAUUGCCCGCUGGCGCGUCCUCUGCAUGCUGCCGCUCUUCUACUCGGCCAACGUCUUUUACAGCUACCAGCAGAACCAGGUCAACGGCGAGACCUUCAACAUCCGCACCCGCUCCCUCAACGGCGCCCUGUACUGGAUGGCCCAGAUGCUCGGCGGCCUCCUGAUCGGGCUGCUCCUCGACCUGCCCUGCUUCGACCGCCCCAUGCGCGCCAGGCUCGGCUGGCUCGCCGUCUUCGUCACCGGCAUGGCCAUCUGGGGCGGAGGCUACCGCUUCCAGCAGUGGCAGGACGCCCGGCUGGCCGCCGGCCAUCGCCAGGACGUCGACUUUAAGCAGGGGAGUAUCUCUACCGGGCCCAUCUUCCUGUACAUCUUCUACGGCGCCUACGACGCCCUGUGGCAGGGCUACGCAUACUGGCUCAUUGGCACCGAGUCCAACAGCUCGGCUCGCGCCGCCGUCCUCGUCGGGGCGUACAAGUCUCUGCAGGCCGCUGGUGGUGCCAUGGCGUGGCGUAUCAAUGCCCAGAAGGUGGCUCCGAUGAGCCAGUUUGGCAUGAACUGGGGCAUGUGUAUCGGCUCCCUGGUCAUCGUGUUGCCGACCGUGCUGACAGUCUCCAAGACGACGACGACCGAUGAUGAGGCAAAGGUUACGUCGGGAGGGCAGGAACAGCCUGGCAAAUUGGUCUCGGAGGAGUAG